GCCCUCGGGGAGCAGCAGCAGCAGGGUCCGCGGCCGCUCGCAGCGCUGCGGAGAGGCGGACCGGGCGCGAGGAGGACAGCUGCGCCACGGGUGGCAUUGUGCUUCUCUGCGUGCAGGAGUACUCCCAGAAGAGAGGUGAGGCAGAGCCGGGAGAGCUAGGUUGCUUCAGCAGGGAAGACUCCCUUCCCCCGUGCUUCAGGCUGCUGAGCACUGAGCAUCGCUGAGAAUGGAAGCCAUCGCCAAAUAUGACUUCAAAGCUACUGCAGACGAUGAGCUGAGCUUCAAAAGGGGGGACAUCCUCAAGGUUUUGAAUGAAGAAUGUGAUCAGAAUUGGUACAAGGCAGAGCUCAAUGGAAAGGAUGGCUUCAUACCCAAGAACUACAUAGAGAUGAAACCACACCCGUGGUUUUUUGGCAAAAUCCCCAGAGCCAAGGCAGAAGAGAUGCUUAGCAAACAGCGGCACGAUGGGGCCUUUCUAAUCCGGGAGAGUGAGAGUGCUCCUGGGGAUUUCUCCCUCUCGGUCAAGUUCGGAAAUGAUGUGCAGCACUUCAAGGUGCUCCGCGAUGGAGCCGGAAAGUACUUCCUCUGGGUGGUGAAGUUCAAUUCCUUGAAUGAGCUGGUAGAUUACCACAGAUCGACAUCCGUGUCCAGAAACCAGCAGAUAUUCCUGCGGGACAUAGAACAGGUGCCACAGCAGCCGACAUAUGUCCAGGCCCUCUUUGACUUUGACCCCCAGGAGGACGGUGAGCUGGGCUUCCGCCGGGGAGACUUCAUCCACGUCAUGGAUAACUCAGACCCCAACUGGUGGAAGGGAGCUUGCCACGGGCAGACGGGCAUGUUUCCCCGCAACUACGUCACCCCCGUGAACCGGAACGUCUAAGAAGCAGAGUAUUUAAAGAAAGUGAAAAAUUGAAAACACAAAGAGAAUUACACCCACAAGCUGCCUCUAACAGCAGCCUGUAGGGAGCUCAGAACAUCCGGCUGGUCACACUGGUGACCCUCUCACUUUCAUUGGAACUUUGGGGGGUGGGAGGGGGCUUGGAUAUCAGAAUUCCAAAAUUUACCUAUUGAAUUAAGUUUUUAUUACAGAUUCUCCACACUGCUCCCGUUCCCCUCCUGUGUCCUCCUUCUCAUCUUUUUCUCCUGUCCUUCAGUGCAUGACAUUUAAGGCCACAUAUAGUCCCAGCUGAUGCCAAUAAUAAAAGAAAAGAAACCAAGCGGGCUGGUAUUUUCUCUAUGCAAAAUGUCUGUUUUAGUGGAAAUGACUGAAAGAACAGCUGUCUCCAUGUUUCUCAUGUAUACACACAAAAGGAGCGGGCCGGGUGGCCUGGGCCUGAGCUGCGCGCCUCGGCCGGAGGAGAGCCCCGUCCAGCCGGACAGAGCGCGGGAGGACGCCGCGGCUUCCAGAGAAAGACUGCGAACCUGCGCCUCUGCCCACUUCGGUCCCUCUCCAGAUGUUGUUUUUUCAUAGUGCCUUUUUCCUUAUUUCAAGGGUUGCUUAUGAGCGGUGUUCUUUAUUUUGUUUUAAAGUAAGUUAAAGACGGUCCAGAGCUAUUCAUCCAGUUUGUCUCCUACUCUAUGUAAAUAUUUUUCCCUCACAGGAAGGGAAAGCAGGGGAGAGAAAGGAGACAAGCAGAAGUGGAGGGUAUGGGCAGUUUGCCUGUCCUAACCCAGAAAUCUUUGCGGGUUCAGCUUUAAUAUUUGUGAGCCCCGCCCCCAGGUGAAGGGAUCUGUCUGUGAGGCUGUCAGAGUCUUUGACCUCCAGGGCUCGGGUGUAGCUUGCUUCUCCUGUCCCGAGACUCUGGGAGCUAGCAAGUUGCAAACAGAAGCCAGAGGAGAAAAUAGCUUCUAACUGCCCUUAGCUGUCGCAGUCCGUAUUCCCACAUGGGUGAGAAUUACAGUUCUUGCUUUUCAUUUUUCUUGCUCUUAAAAUGAGGUCCUGGCUUUCCCGAGUGCCCUAACCUGCAGGGUGAGCACUGGGACGGCAGCCAGGAAGAGCAGGUAGUGGUCCCUCCAUUCACAGGGGGCCCUUAGCACCCCCGGUGGACGGUGUGGGAAUGGUUGCUCCCCCCACUGUCCCACACAGCAGGGAGAGUCGGGAGGCACUGGGGAGGACAGGAAGGCCUAGGCUGCUGCGGAGCUCUCUGUCCAUCUGUCAACUUUUGGUCCCUCGUAAUGUGCCUGUAGUCCGUUUCUCCCCAGCCCACCUCCCGCCACAAAACAAGGCCACUUCCAUUUCUCUUCCUGGAAGUUAGUGGUAGUCUUGGACCUUUGAGUUCUGAUGGGUCGGCGGCGUGCUCCUGGACUCUGGUUAUGGAGAUGGACUCAGCCUGGAGCACCGCAAGGCCCGGGCUCUCCCUGCCUCACCUGGCUCCCUCUUAAUCCUGCUGCUCCGCUCCUCACUGAUGAUAAAGGAAUCUCUGGCGUUUUACACCUGGACCAUUUGAUUGUUUUAUUUUGGAAUUGGUGUAUAUCAUGAAGCCUUGCUGAACUAAGUUUUGUGUGUAUAUAUUUAAAAAAAAAAAAAUCAGUGUUUAAAUAAAAAGACCUAUGUACUUAAUCCUUUAACUGCGGAUAGCAUUUGGUAGGUAGUGAUUAACUGUGAAUAAUAAACCUACAAUGAAUUCUUGUGAAUAAAUAUUCAAUGAAUUCUUCA